AACAGGCGGGGCCUGGUCAGCUCUUCUCUUGGGAAGGAUGGCCGCCGCGGUCGCGUUGGCGAGCCCUCUCCGGCGACUACUCCACUUCCCUUACCCUCGCCGUGCUAUCCCUCCACCGCACCACUUCUUCGCGCGAGGGCGGUGUCACGUGGCUCUCGCCGUCGCUGCGGCUGCGUCCGCUAGGGGGAACUUGGACAGGCAUGUAACCGAGGAAGUCAUGAGCAUUCUGGAUAUGGCAGAAACAGCUUCCCAACGAAGAGACGUUUUCCACACCAGCUUUCUUACUCCGCCAGUCAUAAAGGAGGCUAUGCUGGCAAUUGAGAAACUAGCUGGUAUCAAAGCAGUAGCUCAGGGGGGCUAUCCACAGGCUGAGCGAUGCCGAAUUUCAGUUGGACAUCCAGACUCUAUGAAGAGUAACCCAGAUGUAGUUGCUGCUUUGAGCAUCUCCGGCAAUUUCCGAUUGGAACCCUGUUCUCAUGGUGACUUUCUCGGUGCUAUUCUUGGGGCAGGAAUAACAAGGGAGAAAGUCGGUGAUAUACUUUUGCAGGAGGAAAGAGGUGCUCAGGUUCUUGUUGAUCCAGAUCUUGUUGACUAUCUGACUAGCACACUAGAAAAGGUAGGGAAAGUUGGUGUUUCAUGCACCCAGAUUCCUUUGCUUGCUCUGGAGUACGAGCCACCAAAGACCAAAUCUUUUAAAACUGUAGAAUCAUCACUUAGGGUUGAUGCUGUGGCCAGUGCGGGAUUUAAGAUCUCGCGCACAAAGCUUGGUAGUUUGAUCAGUUCUGGAGAUGUCCGCGUGAAUUGGUCACCGGUUUCGAAAAGUGGAGCUACCCUCAAGGCUGGAGACGUUGUUUCUGUCAGUGGUAUGGGGAGAUUAAAGAUUGGAGAAAUCGUGACUACGAAGAAAGGGAAAUAUGUAGUGCAGCUGAUUCAAUAUUUGUAGGCCCGUGACCGAUCAUUGGUUCUUUCAAGAUUACCUGACUAAGAUAAAUGGAUUGAAGUCCCUCUUUGAACUGCAACUCCUGUUAGGACCUGUUCUAGUUUUAGGCAAAAGCAAAAGUAUGCUUUCCAAAACAAACAAUUUACAAUUUCAAAAUCAACGGGAAAUUUGUUUCUUCUGCUUACUAUAUAAUCUUUUAUACUAAACAACAUCCUCAUACCAUAUUCGUAACGAUCAAGUGCCAGCAAUUUCAAUCGUGGGACCUGUGACGUGACUACGAUAAAGAAGGAAACCUUUGCACUUGGGAAAAUUGAUAACUACGGGUCAUAGCUUCAACCCCCA